AUGGCGGGGGGUAGCGCAGGCCAGGUCGCGGUGGGGUUGGGUAGCCCGUCAGCAUCGCCGACGCGGUCGACGCGUGGAGUGACGCCCAGCGGAAGGGUCCAAGACACACUUCGAUCGCUCGAAAACGCGACAUCGAAGACGUCAAAAAGACCGGCGACUCGAGCGACGCGGAUAUCGCCAGCCGAAACCGAAAUUGAACGCGUAAUCGAAGAGAAGAAGGCUCGCAGCAAUGGCGAGACCGGCAAGGCGAUGCUCCAGAGGGUGCUGGAGGUGUUGGGGAGAAUGGGAGGUGAAAUGGGAAGAUUGAAGGAUGCGAUACACGAACAGAGCGACACCAUCCGUGCCCAGGAGAGCCUGAUCCGAGAGCUCCAGUCUCAAGUCAAGGAAUCACGCAGAGAGUCUGAUCGCGAGAACAAGGAGUUGCGAGAGGAACUCCAAAAUACGAAGAAGGACCUGAGACAGAUUCGGGAGCAGCUUGAAGCGUUCAAUGCCGCAACGAACUCGGAGAGGAACAGCCCUCAAGCCUCGUAUGCGGACGUUGCCCGAAUAACGCCGUCGAAUAUAUCAACGAACCUGAGCAGCCCAUCAACGCGCAUGACACCAUCGUCGUUCAGCGACACGCUCUAUUGCACAAUCGACCUAUCACGAGUCGAAGAUCAGAACAGAGGCAGAGCGCAGGUGGGAGAAAUCCGGCAAGCCGUCGAGGCCGAGAUGAGGGCGAAGGAGGGUCAUGAAGGGUGGCGAUGCGCGGCAGUCGUGAAAGACGCGCGGAACGCAGAACGUGUUAAGAUCAUGUGCAGGAAUGAAACAGAACUUCAGAGAGUCAAAGACGCUGCGCAGAAGACGGCGGUCAUAGGAGCGCGGGUCAUGAGGGAUCAACUCUACCCAGUCAAGGUCGACAAUGCCAAUCGCACGGCAGUGUUGGACGCAGAAGGCUACGUCUUGACGGGUGCAGCCGAGGCACUUGGCGUGGAGAACAACGUCACCAUUGCCAAGAUUUCGUGGUUGAGCAAUAAAGAGAUAGGAAAAGCAAAUCGGUCACAAGGCCUUCUCAUGGAGUGCAUUGCGGCGGAGCCAAAGUGCGUGCCCUGCGGAGGACCGCACGAAAAGCUAGGUAUCUUCCAGCUUAACGUACGCAAGCGAGACACGGUACAGCUCAGUGUUAUGAACGACGAGGAAUUGAAGGACUGCGCGGUGCUGGCGAUUGCAGAGCCCUACGCGCGCAAGAAGGACGGGAUGAUCGUGACGGCCCCGAUGGGCCAUAGCAGUUGGUCAAGGAUACUUCCGACGCAGACCAACGAGGCGGGAUGGCCGGUCAGGAGCAUGCUUUGGAUACGGAAGGACAUCGACUCGGAGCAGGUCCCGAUACCGUCGUCAGACCUGACAGCGGCUGUGCUGCAUCUGCCAGAUAGAGAUGUCUUGGUGAUGUCGGUGUAUGUACAAGGGAAGGACGAGGAGGCCCUGAUUCUCACAACGACGGAACUGGGCGGUCUAAUCACCCGUUUCCGUAACGGCACUGGCAAGCGAACCGAUGUGGUGUUGGCAGGGGACUUCAAUCGGCACGACCUACUCUGGGAGGCGAUUGUGUCACGUCCAGGAGACAAGGAGGGUCAACCAAUCAUCGACCUUAUGAACGAACAUGGCCUUUGCAGCCUGCUCCCCCGCGGCACGAAGACUUGGCAGGGUCCAGAUAAGGAAAGCACGAUUGAUCUGAUGUUGGUGUCGACGGAACUGGCGGACGACAUGGUGAAAUGCGCCAUUCACCCAGCGGAAUAUGGAUCGGACCACCGGGCCAUUCAUACAGCCUUUGACAUCGACCUACCAGAAAGAGACCUCACACCGAGGCUUCUACUUAGGAACGCGCCCUGGACAGCAAUCAGGAACAGGACCGACCGCUUCAUGGAAGUAGUGCUUAGUGCGAUCAAUGACCUGACGCCACGGGCGAAGCCAUCCCCGUCUACACCUUCUGGAGAAAUCAAGCUAGGUCAAGAAGGCGAGUGGGACAGCCAGUGGUGGACCUGGAAAGGCGGGCGAAAGAAGCAGCGAAAGAAUUCCAUGACGCCAUUCGCAAACAAAAACGGCAGCAUUGGGAUGACUUUCUGGCCGAUGACGGCAACAUUUGGAGGGCCGCUAAAUACCUCAAGGCGGAAUGGACUGUGUGGACAACAAGGUACCACAGUUGAAGAGGAAAAUGGAACGGUGACGAAAGACAAGCAGGAACAGGCGGAGGAGCUGCUCAGUGCCUUUUUUCCGCCACUACCGGACGCUAUCGAGCCUGAACAUGAAGGACCGCAACGGGCGCCGGUGCCCAUGCCAGAACUGACCAUGGAGGAGAUUGAAAGGAAAGUCAUGACAGCCAAACCCUGGAAGGCGCCUGGAGACGACGGCCUGCCAGCCAUGCAAUGGCGAAUGGCAAAGAUCAUCCCACUGAAGAAGCCGGGAAAGAUGAUUACACUGCGGCGAGGGCCUGGCGACCAAUAUCGUUGCUGUCGACACUGGGAAGAGGCGUUCCGCGGAGCAGGCUCUCGUGCUCCUGCAAGAGAAAAUCUACAAAGCAUGGCGAAUGGGCAAGGGAUCGCCGCUUUCGCCGAUUCUCUUUCUUUUCUUCAACGCAGACCUAGCUCGACUGCAGAGUCGAACCGGGACGGAAUCCAGUCCAUCAUCGACCGUGCCCUAGAGUGGGAAAAGCGGAGCGGGGCGACGUUCGAGGGCGACAAGACGACCAUCAUUCACUUUACACGAAUGGCCGAGCGCUCUAGCUCAAGUCCAUUUGUUAUCAAAGGAAGAACGAUCUGGCCACAGGAAAACGCCAAGGUGCUGGGAGUGGUCAUGGAUGCAAAACUACGAUAUAAGGAGCAUAUGUUGUUCACGGCUGCGGUUGCGCCUGCUAUGGAUUAUGCCUCCACUAUGUCGCGGAAGCAGAGGCAAGCAUUCGGCCGGUGGUAA